AUGAAGCUCGCAUUGUUGUCCUUCAUUGUAACUUCCGUUUCUGCGUGGUCGGUCACAUUCCAUGACCAUGACCAGUGCGCCGGUGGAACGACUUUCCACUACGGCGGCGGCUCCAACACCGGAACCGAGCACCUCGCUCAGUGCUUCACAAUGACUAGCAUCAACAAGUCGUACGCCAACUAUGAUGCCAAAAGUGUCAACAUCGUUUUCGGAGGUUGCACUAUUGACAUAUUCACGGAUCGUUUGACGUCGCCGGGACUUGCGGGGUUUGUGGCGUCAAUCAGCCAGCCAUCCAACUGGCAACGUAUCAAUCAAGUGCAGGAUGGAUGUAUUCAGUACGUUUGA